UCUGUGAAAUAUUAAUUUAAUAAUAAUGGGACAGGACAAGACAGAGGACAAGAACGAGAGUGGCGUAGAGCUGACUGAGGGUGAGACCGAGCUUUAUGACAGACAAAUUCGACUUUGGGGCCUGGAGUCGCAAAAGCGCCUACGCACAGCAAAGAUACUCAUCUCAGGCCUGAAUGGCUUAGGUGCGGAGGUGACAAAGAACAUUAUUUUGUCUGGAGUCAGCUCUGUAAAGCUGCACGAUGUCCAGCUGGUUACUGAGGAGGACUACUGCUCUCAGUUCCUUGCUGCACGCCAAUCUCUGGGUAAGAACCGAGCUGAGGCAUCUCUGGAGCGGGCACGAGCUCUCAAUCCUAUGGUGGAUAUCUCUGCCGAUACUCAACCGCUGAAGGAGAAGACGGCCGAAUUCUUUAGCGCAUUUGAUGUGGUGGUAAUCAACAGUCAAAGCAAUGAUGAAUUGCUGCGAAUCGAUGCCAUUUGCCAGGAUUUGGGUGUCAAGUUCUUCGCCAGCGAUGUGUGGGGAAUGUUUGGAUUUUACUUUGCGAGUCUCCAGCAGCAUAGCUACGUCGAGGACGUUGUCAAAUUCAAAGAGAUGGAAGCCAAGCCCAAUCAGAAACCAAAGUUCGAAAAAGUGGCUGUUCCCUUUCAGCGUGAAAUGAAUUACCCCGCAUACUCGGCUUGGAUUGAUUUCGAUAUAAAUGCCGCCGGCUACCAGCGCCAAUUGAAAAAGAAUGGUCCUGGCGUGGUCCUGCUAAGCGUUCUCCAAAAGUUCCGCACCACAUACAAACGCGACCCCAGCUACAAGACCAGGGAGGCGGAUAUAGUCUUACUGCAAGCCAUUCGAGAUGAACUGGCUCCAAAUUCUACACUAAGUAACGAAUCUUUGGGUGUUCUCUUCGCCCAGAUUUCCCCAGCAGUUGCUGUGGUGGGUGGUGUUGUUGCACAGGAGAUCAUUAAAGUGGUGACCGGAAUGGAGGCCCCCCAUCGCAACCUAUUCAUAUUCGAUCCAGACACAUGUGCAGGAUAUGUUCAAGCUAUCGGAGUUAAUUGAAUCCAUAAUAUUAAUUUUGUAUUUUUCAAAUCAUUUCAAAUAACACCACAGUUCUAAUUUUA